GGCUUGCAGGCUUCAUCUGGCCUGAAGCUUUCCAGAAAGCCGCUCGAUUAAAAAUAGAAUACGACGUUCAUCUCUAAUAGACUGGACCAUUGAAACAACCGGCGGGUACUCUGGUAGAUACGAUUUUUAUGCUGUGGUACUGAAUCGCGUAAAUUCGAGUAUAUACCUAUGGCGAGACCAGACACUAUUUGCCAUAUCGAGAGCUUCCCGUUUCUCUACACUCGCUGCACCCUACAUUGACUUCUCGAUAUCCCGUCUUCCACCAUGGUGGCCCACAUAAUCAAGCUCUUGGCUGUUGCCACCACCGUUUCGGCAUCCAUAGUCGAACUGCCUGUUGUCGUUAGGGGCAGCUAUGCCAGCGUCAAGCUGGAUAUUGGCACACCUGCCAAAGAACACCGCUUGUUAUUUGAUACCGGCUCGUCAACGAUUUUCCUUGUCAACACUGACUGUACCGAGGCCUCCUGCCCGGACGGAAAGAUCUCGGACUACGAACGAGUAAAGUACAAUGCGUCCGCCUCAUCAACGUCCGUCAACCUUGACAUUCCCGCGUCGAUUCCGUACCUAGGCGGCGAAGUCGCUGGCGGUACCUUCCAGGACAUUUUCAGCACUACAGACGGCGGCGUAGAAUGGAACCAGACCUUCCUGUCCGCCAACCAAAGCAGCUGGCGUUUCAUCACCGCCGACGGUUUCCUCGGCUUAGGCUUUUCCACCAUUGCGGAGAAAAACACAACGACCUUGGUCGAACAGUUACUGUGGAACGGUCAACUGGAUGCUCCACGUUUUGGACUGUACUACGGAAAGAACUUGAAGGAUGAAGGCGAGCAAGAUGGUGUUUUGACCAUUGGUGGCAGCCAUGAAGACAAGUAUGUGGACGGCGAGAUGGUCUACGCGCCCUUGAGGAAAGAGGCAGAAUAUCAGCUCUGGCGUGCGCCACUCAGGAGCGUCAACGUACUCGUUACAGAGGACCCAUCGGCACCAAAUGCCACUAUCGAGAUUCACAACGGUCGUCUUCCCACCACCGCUGUAACGAAGGGCGGUUUCCCAAAGGCCAACACGACAUGGUCAACGUAUCAAGCCGGAGCUGUUUUCGAUACGGGAGCUGGACGCCUUUCCGUCCCGACAGAGAUUGUCGAUGCCAUGUACUUCAACCUUGGCUGGAACAACACCAAGCUUAUGAAUGGUGAGGAGCGCAUGGAGUGUCAACAUUUGAAUGCUUCGUGGGCAGUCACUCUGACUCUUGGUGAGGGUGCUCCCGAAGACGAUGUGUCAUUCACUAUGCGAGGUGACGAGUUCACCGAGCCUGGUGACCAGUGCAUGCCGCCAUUUGACGAUAGCGAGCAGUACGGGUUCGCGCUUGUCGGUGCUGCGUUCCUACAGAGAUAUUACUCCGUCUACGACUUUGGUGCUGACAAGGUCGAGGACUACCAGCCAAAGAUUGGCUUUGGAAGGUUGAAGAAGGAGUACGAUUACCUGUACCAAUGAUCAUGGCUCACACAGCAUUCUUCAUUCAUUCUUGUAGAUAUUUGUAACUCAAACCCAUAUAAGACUUUUGUAUUCUCAUGUAACUACUUACAUGCCUGUCCAUUUCCGAUUGUGUUGUAUUGUCUGAUUGAUCUAUGACAUAAUGUGAAUUCCUAUCGCUCUCCACACUCAGAAACUAUCGGGACUUCAUCAUGAGCCCUCUUUCCUAUCUACUUCCCUUAUCUCCAGGUGGGGUCGUGCAGUACCCCUUGCAACUCGCAUAUGCAGUGUCAAAACAUGGGAGUCAGGUUUAAUUCUGUCGAUCUUUUCCAUCCUAGAAUCGCCCAUUGUGUCGAAAUACCAGAGCUCAUGAAGAUUGACAUGGUAGUGUCUGUAAAAGUCCUUCCGUCUAGCAGUCCACCGAUCACCAACGACCACGGUAGCUGACCAAUGG